AUGGCUCUUAAAGCAAUUCUUGCCAUUCUUUUGAUUCAUAUCCUUAGUGUUGCCGGCAAUGAAUACAUUUCUUUUCGAGAGAACCACGGGAGUCAAGAUAAACAUUGGACAAAGUUGGGUUCUUCAUUCAAAAGUGGGUUUGAAAUUGGUUUUGCAUUUUCUUCAGUUUCCAUUUUAACUAUUUUCGUUUCUUAUUGCGUGCCUUGGACUCGUCUCAACAAGAGGAAAAGGAACAAGGUGAUGAUGAAGUCCCCAUUGAUGGCAUCUUUGAUUGCAAGGCAAGAUAAUAAGAGAAAAGAAGCCAACAUGCAGAUUUCAAAGUUUGAGAAGUUGAUUAGAAGAGUAAGUUUCGAGGCAAUAAAGAAAGCAACUGCCAGUUUUGACAGAGACAACGUCAUUGGAGUUGGAAAGACCGGGACAACGUAUAAGGCAGCUCUCCCAUAUGAUUGUUUCACUGCAGUGAAGAGGUUGCAUAACAAUUCACAUUCAGAAAACCGAUUCAUGUCUGAGUUAAUGAUGCUGAGCAGGUUUAGACAUAUCAACCUAGUUCCACUCUUGGGGAUCUGCACGGAAUCAAGGGAAAGGAUUUUGGUAUACAAAUAUAUGCCAAAUGGUAAUCUUUACGAUUGGUUACAUAACUUACGUCCUGUAAAAGGUGAGACUAAGAUCUUGGACUGGCAUAUCAGGGUUAAAAUCACGCUCGGGAUAGCAAGAGGGUUGUCAUGGCUCCACAGUUAUAAUGCUUUCCAAAUAGCUCACCUUAAGAUAAGCUCAAGUUGUAUCUUGCUUGACAAAUAUUUUGAGCCCAAGUUAUCAAAUUUUGGAGAGGCAAUGCUGAUUAGUUGCACGGACAAUUCCUCCGUAAAUAGCAAGUUUUGGGAGACGGCAUUUGUUAAGGAAGAUGUACGUGGAUUUGGAGUUGUUCUUCUUGAGUUGAUUACUGGGGUGGAUUUUAGCAACAUGACUGAUUCCUCAAACAGUAUUCUCAAUGAACGGAUUGAUCAUCUCUUGAGCAGUUCUAAUUCUUACAGCGUCAUAGAUAAGUCUCUGAUUGGGCAAGGAUUCGACGCUGAGAUAUUUCAGAUGCUUAAAGUUGCUUGCAACUGUGUUGAUUCCAUUCCAGAUCGAAGACCGACAAUGCUUCAAGUGUACGAAGACAUAAAAGCAAUAAGGGAGAGAUGUGAGCAAGUUAAUGAUUCUGAUAUGCUAAUGCAACCUGAAGUUUUGCCUGUUCCCUCAGAAAACAGCACUGUUGAGAUUGAAAUAGCAGAGUCCUGA